AGCCCGCACAGCUUGGCACCGGUGGCUCCGACCCAGGAAGGGAAGAACCCAGCUGACCGUUGCUUUUUGGGGGGGUGCGAAUCAGGAGGGAGCCGGCUGCCCUAGGAACUGUCGCCGGGGACGCCAAAGACUCUGCCCUCAGCGCUCAGACGCGCCGGUGCCCGUGCGGGGCGAGAAGGAUGCGCCCCUCCUCCCGCAGAGCGGCUGCGGGCCCCGGCACUGCGCGGACACGAGCUCUGGCGGCCGCCCGUGCCGUGCCCGAGCCGCGGGAGCGCGCCCUGCCGCACCUGGCUCCGGUCUCCCGGGGAAGUGCAGGAAUCGCUCCCUAAACUCCACUGCGUACUUCCCGCCCGCCUCCUCCUCCUCCUCCUCCGGCUCCCCGGCCCGGACCUCGCAAUCGCGAUCGCGUCGCCGUCGCCGCCUGCGCGCGGGGCCCGCCUGCCUCUGACUCUCACGCGCGCACGCGGAGCCCCGCUUUCCCGUUCCCAUUCACGCCGGCGGGUUCUCCGCGCCGAAGCCCGGGCACCCGAAACUCCUGGACCAACUGCCGCAGGGACUGCCAGAGCCGCCCGGUGGCCUGGCGCGAGCUGCCCGCGCCCUGGGCUCCCGCCCGCGCCUCUGCCGCCACCGCCUGGGACGACGAGAUAACCAGGUGCCCAGAGGCCUCGGCAUUGUCUUCCCUUCUCAAUGGCAUUUCUGGUGUCCACCUAAGGAGUCUCCUUGUCCAGCCUUGAAACUUUCGGAAAUUAAACAGAGGACCCGCUUCAUAUCUUCUUCUUGAAAGUUUCCAUCAUAUAUGUCCAGAACUUUCUGAAUAAGCAUAAGGAUUUUAAGGUGCUGACAAGCAGGGAGCAAGCCCAAAAGACAGGCCGUAGGGAAGGAGAGGCCAUGGAAUAUCCACCAACCAGAUAAGCAUCGCUGGAACAACCGGGAAGUGUCUGAAUGUAGGCUACAGAAGUCCUGAAGGUUGAUGGAGGGCCAUGCUAUUCAAACAGCAGGUGUGGCUGAGACAGAAGCUCCUGGUGCUGGGAAGCCUUGCUGUUGGGAGUCUCCUGUAUCUAGUCGCCAGAGUUGGGAGUUUGGAUAGGCUACAACCCAUUUGCCCCAUUGAAGGCCGAUUUGGAGCCCGCGGGCAGGCUGAAUUCCCUCUCCGUGCCCUGCAGUUCAAGCGCGGCCUGCUGCACGAGUUCCGGAAGGGCAACGUUUCCAAGGAACAGGUUCGCCUUCAUGACCUGGUCCAGCAACUCCCCAAGGCCAUUAUCAUUGGGGUGAGAAAAGGAGGCACCAGGGCCCUGCUUGAGAUGCUGAACCUCCAUCCAGCUGUGGUCAAAGCCUCUCAAGAAAUCCACUUUUUUGACAAUGAUGAGAAUUAUGCCAAGGGCAUUGAGUGGUAUAGAAAAAAGAUGCCUUUUUCCUACCCUCAGCAAAUCACAAUUGAAAAGAGCCCGGCAUAUUUUAUCACGGAGGAGGUUCCAGAAAGGAUUUACAAAAUGAACUCAUCCAUCAAGUUGCUGAUCAUUGUCAGGGAGCCAACCACAAGAGCUAUUUCUGAUUACACUCAGGUGCUAGAGGGGAAGGAGAGGAAGAAUAAAACUUAUUACAAGUUUGAGAAGCUGGCAAUAGACCCUAAUACCUGCGAAGUGAACACAAAAUACAAAGCAGUAAGAACCAGCAUCUACACCAAACAUUUGGAAAGGUGGUUGAAAUACUUUCCGAUUGAGCAAUUUCACAUUGUGGAUGGAGAUCGCCUCAUCACGGAACCUCUGCCAGAACUUCAGCUCGUGGAGAAGUUCCUAAAUCUUCCCCCAAGAAUAAGUCAGUACAACUUGUAUUUCAAUGUUACCAGAGGGUUCUACUGCUUGCGAUUUAACGUUAUCUUUAAUAAGUGCCUGGCUGGCAGCAAGGGGCGCAUUCAUCCAGAGGUGGACCCCUCUGUCAUUACCAAAUUGCGCAAAUUCUUUCACCCUUUCAAUCAAAAAUUUUACCAGAUCACUGGGAGGACACUGAACUGGCCCUAAAAUAAUAAGUCAUACAACACCAUGUGUUGUGCCUGGAGACACGCAAUGUCUCCUCUAGAUUAAAAUAUGCACUUUUCCGAGACACAACUAUCCAAGUCAUGUUUCCAUCUCUACUUGUAUAUACACAGUGUGUGACCAAAUAUAAGACCAGUUCUUUUUCUACUGAAAGUGUACAAAAACAAUUUGUUGUCUGCAUAGUUGCAUCUUUGAGACAAGUUACUAAAAGAAGAGGUGGUGGUAUUGGGGGAAAGUGACUUCAGCUAUCCUCAAAGAGUUAGUCUUCCUUUGAGUCAGAAUUUGUCACCCGCCAUUUACAUAAAUUGAAGCCAAAAGAUGAAUGUGUGAAAAGUACCAAUGGCUGUGAAGCUGCAGGAAGGAGAGGAUUCGGUUAUGCAUUCUUUUCUAAGGGAAAGCUGGCUCUUUAAUUCAGAUGCUGAAUUGGUGCCAUGAAAACAGAAAAUGCUAUUUUCUUAUGAUUUAAAAGGAUGUCCUAUCUCAUAAAAUUGACAUUGUUCCAAAGUUCCUGUGGUGAUUUUGCACUAUUGUUUUCUCGUAUGGACCAUGAUGUCACUUGUAGCAUGUCAAUCAUACAUUGGAAAGUCCUUUCACUUCCAUGUUCUAUGUCAACAAAGAGAAAUGUCAUGUACAUAAUGUAUAUUAUUGUAAAUACUUGUUUCACACUAAGUAACUCUAUUUUGUAAACUGAAUAUGGCUAUUUAAUUUAUUGUGAAAAUUAAAUUUAUUGUGGUAUUUAAAAAUGGAAUGGAUUAAAAUUACUCU